AGAGGAGAAGGGAGAGAGGGUAGCAGAUACUUGGUAACGCAUCACAGCAGGACAGGCAAUCGAAUCUAAAGGCGCUCAGCAAGCGACGGACACGGACGAGGAAGGUGCAGGUGAUGUCGUGGAGUGUGGGUUUAGGUGGCAGGAUGACAGUUGCCAAGCUCCUCCUUCCCUUCCUCAUUCUCCACUCCUUCUGUGAAGGCUCCAACCAGCCACCACGCUUCCUGAACUACUUUUUCUCAACCUACCUACUCAUCUACGAAGACACGCCCAUUGGUUCAUCCGUCGCUCAGCUGAAGGCAACUGAUCCCGAAGGGGAACCCCUCAUAUACGGGGUCACAGGAGAAGAGGCCAUGAGGUAUUUUUCUGUGAACAGAGACACUGGAAUUGUGUGGCUACGGCAGCAACUCGACCGUGAGACCAAGUCGGAGAUGCAGGUCGAAUUCUUCGUGAGUGACAUUCAGGAGGUGGUCAAAGACACAGUAAACAUCCAGAUUGGAGACGUGAACGAUAACGCUCCAAACUUCCAUGGGCAGCCGUACACUGUCCAUAUCCCAGAGAAUACACCAGUGGGCAGAUCAGUAUUUAUGGUGAACGCUACAGAUCCAGACCAGGGAACUGGAGGCAGUGUUCUCUUCUCCUUCCAGCCGCCUUCUCCCUUCUUCGCUAUUGAUGGGGCCCGAGGCACCGUCACCGUCAUCAGAGCUCUGGACUAUGAGGCAACGUCAGCUUACCAACUCACUGUCAAUGCAACGGAUCAAGACAAAGCGAGACCUCUGUCCCGGCUUGCCAACUUAGCUAUCACCAUCACUGAUGUCCAAGAUAUGGAUCCCAUUUUCACAAAUCUGCCCUACAGCACCAACAUAGAGGAAGGCGUCCCCCUUGGAUACGAAGUGCGCAAGAUAACAGCCAUUGACCAGGAUCUUGGCCGACCGAGAGGAAUCGGCUACACCAUCAUCUCAGGAAACACCAACAGCGUUUUCGCCCUGGACUACAUCAGUGGGUGCCUGACAGUGAAUGGCCAGGUGGACAGAGAAAACCCGCUCUACUCAGCAGGAUUCACUCUCACUGUCAAGGCCACUGAGCUGAGAGACGAUCGCAGUCCUUCAAACGCAACAGUGACGACCACCUUCACCAUCCUGUUAAUUGACAAGAAUGACAACGCUCCAAAGUUCAACAGUUCCGAGUAUCGAGUGCGUAUUACUGAGCUGGCCCAGGUGGGCUUUGCCCUGCCCCUCUUCAUCCAGGCUGAAGACAAGGAUGAGGGGGUGAACAGCAUGUUCCAGGUGUUUCUGACAGGAAACAAUUCAGAGUACUUCACCAUCUCCCCCACCGCGGUGCAGGGACGUGCCGACAUCAGGGUGAGGGUUGCCUUGCCACUGGACUACGAAUUCAUUCGCAGCUACAGCUUUUCACUUUAUGCCAACGAGUCCAUGUCCGAACACGUGGGUUUUGCCCGUGUCUACAUUGAACUAAUCAAUGAGAACGAUAACCGGCCGAUCUUCAGCAAACCGCUGUACAACAUCAGCCUUCCUGAAAACACGCCUCCUGGUACAUCACUGCUGCGCAUCCUGGCUACAGACGGAGACGCGGGCCCUUUUGGGAUUGUGCGCUACUACUUCAGUGACGAGCCAGACCAAUUUUCUUUGGAUGAGGAGACUGGGUGGGUCAUCUUAAGUGCCGGUCUUGACUACGAGUUAAUGCGCCGCUUCACGCUGACUGUGCUGGCGAGGGACGGCGGUGGGGAGGAGACGACGGGAAGGAUCCGUGUCAACGUGCUGGACGUCAACGACAAUGCACCGCUCUUCCAAAAGGAGGCGUAUGUGGGCUCUCUUAGAGAGAACGAACAGGCUGUCCAGUCUGUGGCGAGAAUCAGGGCUACGGAUGAGGAUUCUCCUCCCAACAACUUUCUGACAUACACAAUCAUUUCAGCCUCGGCCUUCCCCGGUUACUUCAGUAUCAUCAUGGUGGAGGGCUACGCAGUUAUCACUGUGACCAGGCCCCUUGACUACGAGAGGGUUCCCAGUGGGAUGAUCUAUUUGACAGUGAUGGCCAGAGAUGGGGGAAACCCAGCCCUCAACAGCACCGUCCCUGUCACAGUGGAGGUGAUUGAUGAAAACGACAACCCACCCGAGUUCAGCAAGCCGUCCUACAUCGUCAAAAUCCCGGAGAACAUUAUUGCCGGGGCGACUGUGCUGCUUGUGAAUGCCACUGAUUUGGACGCCUCGCGGGAGUUUGGUCAGGCCUCACUCAUCUACUCCCUGGAGGGCUCCUCUCAGUUCCGUCUCAACUCACGCUCAGGGGAGAUCACCACCACAGCCUUGCUGGACCGAGAGCAGAAAUCAGAGUACAUCCUGAUAGUGAGAGCUGUGGAUGGAGGGGUCGGCCCACAGCAGAAGACUGGCAUUGCCACGGUGAACAUCACCCUCCUGGACAUCAACGACAAUGCCCCUAUUUGGCGAGAUGAGCCAUACCAUGCCAACGUGGUGGAGAUGAGUCCAAUCAACACGGAUGUUAUCUCUGUGUUGGCAGUGGACCCUGACAAUGGGGAAAAUGGGACGGUUGUGUACAGUAUAAGUCCAGAAAACCCUUUCUAUACCAUCAACAGCAGCACAGGGAAGAUCCGCACCAGUGGGGUGACGCUGGACAGAGAAAGCACAAACGCCAGGGACGCUGUGCUCAUGAGAAGCAUCAUCAUCUCAGCUGUCGACCGCGGCACACCACCACUGCAUGCAUCAGCCAGCACCACGGUGUUUGUCAACUUGCUGGAUCUCAAUGACAACGACCCGACCUUCUUGAAUCUGCCGUUUGUGGCUGAAGUACCGGAGGGGCUGCCCAUCGGAUCGUCAUUUUUUAGGGUCCAGGUGGAGGACCCAGACGAGGACAAGAAUGGUUUGAUCACACUGGCAUUACAGAUGGGCAUGCCUCGCCUCGAUUUCUCCCUGAACACCUCCACCGGCGUUCUCACCUCCACUGCAGUCCUGGACCGCGAGCAGAUCGGACAGUACCAUUUAAGGAUUGUCGCAUUCGAUGCAGGGAAGUUUCCUCGUACCUCUACUUCAACGCUCACUGUCACAGUUCUGGAUGUAAAUGAUGAGACGCCCACCUUCAACCCUCGCGUGUACAAUGUGUCCCUGAAGGAGAGUGUCCCCAGAGACCACAUUGUAGCGCGCCUCAUCUGCUCUGACAACGACGCUGGUCUCAACGCUGAACUUAGCUACUUCAUCACAGGUGGUAAUCAAGAUGGUAAAUUCAGCGUGGGCUUCAGAGACGGAAUCGUUCGGACAGUGGUGGGUCUAGACAGAGAGACCCAGGCAGCGUACACUCUGGUGGUAGAAGCUAUAGACAACGGUCCGGCAGGCAGCCGAAGGACAGGCACGGCCACUGUGUUUGUCGAGGUGCAGGAUGUUAAUGACAACAGACCCAUCUUCCUCCAAAACAGCUAUGAGACCAGCAUACUGGAAAGUGUACCCCAAGGAACAAGCAUCCUUCAGGUUCAAGCCACAGAUGCAGACCAGGGAGAGAAUGGCCGAGUUCUGUACAGGAUUGUCACUGGGAACAGCAACAAUCUGUUCAGCAUAGACAGACAGACGGGGCUGGUGACCCGAGGCCUCAGGGCGCUGGACAGAGAAACCAGCAGCUCUCAUAUGCUGGAGGUGGAGGCCUACAACAGUGACGAGGGCAGCAUGAGGAGCUCUGUGAGGGUAAUCAUAUAUGUUGACGAUGCCAAUGACGAGGUGCCAGUGUUUACCCAGCAACAGUACAACCGUUUGGGUCUGAGGGAGACGGCUGGAAUCGGCACCUCUGUGAUCGUGGUGCGUGCUACAGACCCCGACACUGGUGACGGUGGAGCCGUCGCCUACGCUCUCGUAUCUGGCUCAGACCGCAAGUUUGAGGUGGAUGUGAGCACGGGUCUGGUCACCACGGUCGACUAUCUGGACUACGAGACCAAGACCACCUAUCUCAUGAAUGUCUCGGCCACGGACCAGGCUCCGCCGUUCCACCGAGGCUUCUGCACGGUUUACGUCACGCUACUUAAUGAGCUGGAUGAGGCCGUGGCCUUCUUCUCCGCUGGUUACGAGGCUUCGCUUCGUGAGAACAUCGCCACCGGGACGGAGGUGAUUCAAGUGCAGGCCCAGUCUGCCGACAACUUAAACCAGUUGACUUACCGCUUUGACCCUGAUACGUCACCAGCAGCUCUGGCCCUUUUCAAGAUAGACAGCGUCACGGGCCGUAUCACAGUGACAGGCCUCCUGGACAGAGAAAAGGGAGACACGUACACCUUGACUGUUGUAGCGGAUGAUGGGGGACCUAAAAAGGACUCCACUGUGAAGGUGUCCAUCACUAUACUGGAUGAGAAUGACAACAGUCCAGAGUUUGAUAUCACAUCUGACACUUCGGUGGACAUCCCUGAAAACACACCCAUGGGGAAAAGAGUGGCAGUGGUGCUGGGAAGGGACCGAGACUCCGGAUUAAACGGCCUGGUCAAUUUCACUCUGGUGGCAGGCAACAUGGAGGACGUGUUUAAGAUCAAGACAGUGAACAACACGUAUGGGGAGGUUUAUGUCAAUGCUCCUCUGGACAGAGAGUCAGUAGACCGCUACCUACUAAAGGUGCGUGCCAGCGACAACGGUUCACCUCCCAGACACACAGACCACUCACUCACCAUCAACAUCCUGGACGUCAAUGAUAAUGCACCUGUUAUUGAAAGCCCGAGGGGCUACAAUGUCAGCAUAAGUGAGAAUGUGGGAGGAGGUACGUCGGUUCUCCGUGUGAUGGCUACGGACCGAGAUAUCGGCCCCAACGCGAUGCUGUUUUACUACAUCACUGCGGGAAACCAGGACCUGACCUUCCGCAUGGACCGAGUAACCGGGGAGAUGGUGACACGGCCGGCCCCGCCGGACCGAGAGCGGCAGGAAGAGUACCGGCUCAUUGUCACAGUGGAGGAUGACGGCACCCCACCUCUGUCGACUUCAACCACCAUAAAUGUUCGCAUCGUGGACGAGAACGAUAACGCCCCAGAGUUCCCCGAGGAGGAGUACGUCACAGUGCUGAGCGAAGGGCCGGAGACAGUGGGUGCCACCAUCGCCACGGUAACAGCCAUUGACCCGGACGAGGGUCUAAACGGAACCUUGCGAUAUGCCAUUGCUCGUGGCAACCUGAUCCAGACCUUUCACAUCGACAGCAUCACGGGGAGAAUUACUGCUGUGAAGGAGCUGGACUAUGAGAUUAGCAACGGGCACUAUGCACUGGUUGUCACAGCUACAGACCAGUGUCCAAAGCCUGCUCUUCGCUUAACAUCUAGCACAACGGUGCUGGUGAACGUCUUAGAUGUGAAUGACGUGACACCCACUUUCCCCAGAGCCUAUGAGGGACCCUUCGAGGUGACUGAGGGCCAGCCAGGACCUCGGGUUUGGACUCUCAGAGCCAGCGACGAAGACUCAGGCCUCAACGGCAAAGUGGAGUACAGCAUCACCGGCGGAGAUUUCCAGAAUGAGUUCAUGGUUUCUCCCGUGGAAGGAGAGCUUCGGGUGAGGAAGGAUGUAGAGCUGGACAGAGAGACGACGGCCUUCUACAAUAUCACCGUCACAGCCAGAGAUCUGGGAACACCGUCUCGCAACAGCUCGGUGGUGGUGGGGGUCUAUGUCCUGGAUAUCAAUGACAACGACCCAGUCCUCCUUAACCUGCCUUACAACACGAGUGUGAGCGAAGGUGCCCCCAUACACACCUCUGUGGCCAGGGUGCGAGCGCGAGAUGCAGACAGUGGGCGCAAUGCUCUUCUCACUUACAACAUCACCGCUGGCAACCAAGAUGGAGCCUUCUACAUCAAUGACACAACAGGUGUGGUGCAGGUGAACAGGCCGCUGGACAGAGAGCGAGUGGCUGAGUACAGGCUCACCAUCACCGUCAAAGACAAUCCGGAGAACCCCCGCAUCGCUCGCAGGGAUUCAGACCUCCUGAUAAUCACCAUUUUGGAUGAGAAUGACAACAGGCCUGUUUUUACCAGGACCAGCUACAGGGCUGAAAUCACUGAAAACUCUGCAGCAGGAAGCACUGUAACUGUUUUAAAUGGGCCGGUUCUGGCUGAGGACAAGGACAUUGGACCUAAUGCUGUGGUCAGAUACCACCUGCUUGGCGCGAGAGUGGACCUCUUCACCGUGGACGCAGAUACUGGUGUGAUAUAUGUGCGUCAGGGAGCGAGGUUGGAUCGUGAGGCGUUUCAGGAGCCCCGGGUAGAGCUGUUUCUGGUUGGGGUGGACGUAGGAGGCUUGAACAACAGUGUCCCUCUCUCAGUUACAAUCCUGGAUCAGAAUGACAACCCUCCUGUCUUCAGCCCAUCCAGUUUCAGCGUCCGCCUCCCUGAGAACAGCCCCACUGGUGUGGUGGUGACUCAGCUGUCGGCCACGGAUGCUGACUCCGGCUCUAAUGGCUGGCUGAUGUACCGGUUGGAAAGCGGCGCUCAGGACCGCUUUGUGGUUGAACCAAUCUCUGGUGCUGUCUUGGUGGGUAACGCCACGCUCGACAGAGAGGAGCGGGGGUCCUACCGCCUCGUCGUCAUUGCAACUGAUCGGGGCACACCCCCCAUGUCGGGCACAGCCACCCUGACGGUAAUCCUCGAAGAUGUCAAUGACUCCCGGCCUCGUUUUAUAGAACCUGUAACCAUGAUAAACGUCAACGAGUCCACGCCGCCUGGUGUGGUGGUAGCCACGCUGACUGCUGAGGAUCCCGAUCUACAUCCCCGACUUGAGUAUUACAUCAUCUCAGUGGAGGCAAAGGAUGAUGGGAACAAACCGGUGGACGGCCUGCAGGAGUCCUUUGGCAUUGAUUUACACACCGGUGCAGUAUUUGUUCGCAAUCCACUCAACAGAGAGCUGGUGGCUACUUUUGAGAUCAUCGUUUCUGUCCAUGACAAUGCCAGUGAUGUCAUUGACAAGUCAGGAAGCGUUCCCAACGCGAGGCUAACCAUCAACGUGUUGGAUGUAAACGACAACGCCCCUCGUUUCCGGCCGUUUGGAGUCACCAACUUCACUGAGAAGAUUUUAGAAGGGGCUCAGCCAGGCACAACACUGCUGUCAGUGUCAGCUGUAGACCCAGAUAAAGGACCCAACGGCCAAGUCAUCUACCAGCUGCUCCACCUGCCUCGAGGGGGAUAUGUUAGACUGGAGGACCCUUCCACUGGUAAGAUUGUUGCCAACCAGACGGUGGAUUUUGAGCAGGUACAAUGGCUGAAUUUCACAAUUCGCGCUCAGGACCAUGGUAGUCCUCCCAGGAUGGCUGAACUGCCCGUUUAUCUGCGUAUAGUGGAUGUCAACGACAACAACCCAGUCUUUCUACAACCAGCCUAUCAGGAGCCUGUCUUUGAGAAUGUAGACUUGGGAACCACCAUAGUUCGUGUCCAUGCUACAGAUGCUGAUUCUGGCCUCUUUGCAGCUAUUGAGUACAGCCUGGUAGACGGGGAGGGCAAGUUUGGCAUAAGGCCAUCAACUGGAGAGAUCUACAUCCUCUCCCCUCUGGACAGAGAGACAAAGGACCACUACACUCUAACUGCUGUCGCCCGUGACAACCCUGGAGGCAGCUCCAACAACAGGCGAGAGAACUCUGUCCAGGUCCUGGUGACAGUUCUCGACAUCAACGAUUAUCGGCCGCGCUUUACAGAGCGAGUGUACAACACCAGCGUAUUUGAGAAUGAGCCCAGUGGCACGUCUGUGAUUACAGUGAAAGCUACUGAUCUGGAUGAAGGAGAGAACGGUGCGGUGCUCUAUAGCAUAGUGGGACGUUCAGAUGCGUUCUACAUGGAUCCAAACACAGGACUGGUGCGUUCUCUACGUCUGCUUCAGUCCACAGAACGUUUCAACCUCACCGUGGUGGCUACAGACCAGGGGCGUCCGCCUCUGUGGGGCACCGCUGACCUGAUCAUCACGGUCAUAGAUGUUAAUGACAACAGACCCGUGUUUGUCAGGCCUGCUAAUGGAACCAUCAUCCAUAUCUCUGAGGAGCAGCCUCCAGGCCUUCUGGUGUUUGAGGUGCACGCGACGGACUCUGAUGAAGGGGUAAAUGGAGAGGUGCGCUAUGCCUUCUUGCAGACAGGAGCAGGUAACAGAGACUGGGAAAACUUCCACAUCGACGCCACGUCCGGAGUCAUCACUACUACUGUGAAACUGGACCGAGAGAAACAGGCCCUCCUUAGCCUUAUAAUCGUGGCCCGCGACAUGGGUCAGCCUGUGCCUUAUGAGACUACUCAGCCUCUGCAGGUGGCGCUGUUGGACAUCGACGACAAUGAACCUGUCUUCCUCAAGCCACCACGUGGCGGCUUGCCUUACCAGAAGCUGACAGUGCCUGAGCACUCCCCCCCAGGUACUCGGGUGGGGAACAUUACCAGAGCUGUGGACGCAGAUGAGGGCUCCAAUGCCAUCGUCUACUAUUUUAUUGCAGGGGGAAACAGUGAUGGAAACUUUGGCUUGAGUCUAGAUGGAGAGCUGAAGUUGCUCAAGGAUCUGGACCGGGAGGAGAUUCCGGUCUACUCCAUCAUUAUCAAGGCUUCCAGCAACCGGAGCUGGACUCCUCCCAAGGGUCAGAGGUCACUGCGGGCCAAGGCCCUGGACCCUGCUCGGGACCCCAGCCUGCUGGAAGUCCUUAUCGAACUGGAAGACAUCAAUGACCAGAAACCACGCUUCCUUAAGGCAGAGUAUACUGCAGGAGUUGCUGCAAAUGCCAAAGUGGGCUCAGACCUCAUCAAGGUGGUGGCUGUAGAUAAUGACAUUGGCAACAACAGCUUGGUCCAGUAUCACAUUUUUACAAUCCACUACUUCCAGUCACAGAGCAAUGGCAGUGAGGAUGUAGGGAGUAUCUUCACCAUCGGUUUGACAGAUGGAAUCAUUCGUACCUAUGACCUCUUCACUGCCUAUAAUCCAGGUUACUUUCAGCUGGAGAUUCUGGCCUGCGAUCUUGCAGGACACUGUACAACCACUAACGUGAAUAUUUAUAUUCUCCGGGACGACCAGAGGGUCAAGAUAGUGUUUAAUGAGAUACCUGAUUUGGUUCGAGAAAACCAGGAAGACUUCAUCAACCUGCUGUCCAACAUCACUGGUGCUAUUGUCAACUUAGAUGACAUACAGUUCCAUGUGGACAAGAAGGGCAGAGUAAACUAUGCUCAGACUGACAUGCUCAUCCACGUUGUCAACAAUCAGACCAACACCAUCCUGGACGUUGAAAGGGUUAUCCAGAUGAUUGAUGAGAACAAGGAGCAGCUGAGAAACCUGUUCAGAAAGUACAACGUUGUGGACGUCCAGCCUGCCAUUGGUGACAAACUGCCUGACGAUAUCUCCACACUGCAGCUGGUCAUCAUCAUCCUGGCUGUGCUGCUGUGCCUGGCGGGAAUUUUGUUUGUCACAAUGAACUGGCAUUAUCGCAAAGUACACCAGCGGAAACUAAAAGCAAUUGUUGCAGGAUCAACAGGUAAUCAGGGUCUAAUGGACAUCCUGGACAUGCCUAAUACUAACAAGUACUCUUUUGAGGGGGCUAAUCCAGUGUGGCUGGACCCGUUCUGCCGUAAUCUGGAGCUGGUCGCUCAGGCCGACCACGAGGACGACCUGCCCGAGAACCUGAGUGAGAUAACGGACCUGUGGAACAGCCCUGCACGCACCCACGGCACAUUUGGCCGAGAGCCUCAAGCGAAGCCGGAUGACGAUCGUUACCUGAGAGCAGCCAUUCAAGAGUACGACAACAUUGCUAAACUGGGCCAGAUUAUGAGAGAGGGGCCUAUCAAGGGUUCCCUGCUCAAGGUGGUCCUGGACGACUACCUGAGGCUAAAAACGCUCUUUGCAGCACGACUCGUCAACGUGUCCACUAGCCAGGGGGAUCACUCAUCAGUCACUGAGCUCAUCCAGAGUGACAUGGAUGACGACGAGGACGAGCACCUCGGCAUGGGCGGAGGUCACGGCCCUCUGCGCUUCAAGCACAAGCUCCCCGUGGAGCUGAAGGGGCCUGAAGGCGUGCACGUGGUCCACGGCAGCACGGGAACCCUCCUGACCUCGGACCUCAACAGCCUGCCGGAGGACGACCAGCGGGCCCUGGCGCGUUCUCUGGAGGCGCUGAACGCCGACGGGGGGCUGUACUCUGAACGCAACGCCCGCACAGAGUCGGCCAAGUCCACCCCGAUGCACCGCCACAAGGACGGGGACACCCUGUCAGAGAGUCCCCUGGAGAUCACAGAGUUAUGACUAGCCGAGGCCUCGCUGGUCUGAGCGCAACCAUGACUCGUGUGUGUCCUUGUGCGCCUCCACAUCGUCAGCCUGACAAGGCUGGGAAGGACUGGAGGAGGAGUGUGUGUAGUCUAGGGAACCUCAUCUGCCGACCUCAGUGCAUCAGUGCUAGCAGACCCCACUCACCACUGGGUUGGUUUGGGUGGAUAUUCAGUUGAAGAUGGUCCCAUGUUGGGUGCUUCAGAACGGUAGUCCCGAGCAGGGCUCUUGUCUUCAGGAAGACAAAAAAAAACAAAAAAAAACAACAACUGGUGUCAUCGACUUUCAUCCAAAGAGCUGAGUAAAAAGAGGGACUAAGCCUCCCCGUGGGAGAAGCUUGUUGAACCAUGACCUCAAAAUCGUCAAAAGGUGCCUCAUUCCCACUAAUCCUUUUGAAGUCAUGCCUGGACUGCAGACACUCACACAAACACAAAUACACACACUAAAAAAAAAAAAAAAAAAAAAAUGAAGAUGCACACACUCAGACCAGCAGAUGGCCAUCAACGGGACACUCGAGGAAACUCUUUAUGUUCUUUCUUUUCGCAAGAUGAUGCAAUCAGUGUGGGAGGGGGAGGCUUUUCUUUUAGCGAUAAUAGAUUCAUUUUGUUGUGGGGAAUUCUUGAGGAACGUUUCGAUCCGGACAAAUAAUGCUCACAUGGGGGAGUUUCCACCGUACAGGAGGUCUUGCCAUUAUUGAUUUUGAUGACACUUUGAUGACAGAGCAGUAUUUAGCAAAAGAACAGAACUCUACACUGUGGAGGGCGGCAGUGGACAUUCAGACCCUUGUCUCGGUCUCCGUGUUUAGUGUGACGGUGUCAGUCAUGUGAAAGGAGACUUAUUUACAUGUGUGAAAGACUUUGAUUAAAGAUGGUGGGAGGAGAUUGAACAUUGUCUGAAACAGCACAAAAAGAAAAGAGAAAAAAAAGUUUUACGAGACAUUUGAUAAUAAAGGCAUUAAAGGUGAAGACUUAGAGAUGGAAAAAAUAUGACUUAGAUUUUUUUAUGGGAAUAAAGAUGGCAUUGUGCCCACAGAGACUUUACACUGCCACCUGAGGGAGUAUAAGUCAUGCUCAAAAUGAGCAACGUUUGCUUUAUUUUUUUAUUUUCUAGAAAAAUGUGAUGGAAUUUAAAAGAUAUUUUUGAAGAAAAAUGCUGGCUUACCAAAACAGGUAGGGAGUAAUUCUGGAUGUCUGAGUAUGUGUAUAUUGUGCUAUGGUGACACACUGUAUGUUGUUCUGUUUUUCUUUAUAUGAUGAGUGGUGUGUUCUGGAAAAAAAAAAAGAAAAAAAGAUUUUUUUUAUAUUCCCAUUUUGUAACUUUUUAUUUUUCCGUCAUUACUGUCACCAGCUUUGAGAUAUGUGUUGGGAAAUGUUGUGGGAUGACAUGUGAUAAUAAAAAAUAUGCAACAGC